AUGCUGCGCCGGUUCAUGCGGGAUCUCCGCCCGCUGCGGUCUCUCGCGAGGGUCCCCAGACCGAUCUCCGGCGAGAGUCCAACAUUCCUUAAAUCUAGAAGCAACUCCACAAAGGCAGCUCCAAAGAGUUCUACACAGAAUGCUGCCCCAGGUCCUCAAGGACAACCUUCUCAGUCGGGAAGUAAUGUUUCAAAGCUUGUUCUUGGAACUCUUGUCGUUGUUGCAGCAGCUAUGGGUGCACAUCAACUUGGUUAUAUAGAUCUUCAAUUUAAGGACAAGAAAUUGCCUUUUAGCUUAAAGAAGGAAGAUGCUGUAAAGGUGUAUGAAGAUCUGAAGAUUCCUUCUGAACAGAAGGUUGACCAGACACAAAACGUGUCAGUACCAAACACUGAGAUUGUUCAAGAGGGUAAUAAUGAGGCUAAUACUCUAAAGGACGUUCGAAAUGACGGGGUGGGGGCACCAGAGGUUCCAACCAAUGGGGAUCAGCCUGUUCCUGCAAAGGAAAAGAAAUCAGAAACCCUAGCCCAUGAGACACAUCAAGUUCCAGAUGAACAUGGAUCUGAUACUAAAAUGCCAUCUGAAGAUUCUCCAGCAGUUGAGCUAAAGAGAGUUCCCAUCGAUGAUAAUGAAUCUGGUGAAGUUCCUCAUGAACAGCAAACUGAUAAGAUAGACAGCACAGUUCCUCCUGUACAGUCAACCCCAACAACAGUUAGUACUUAUGAUCACCCCACAGAUCCAGAUGCACCAAAGGAUCUCACUGGAGCUGUUGCUGUUGAACAGAAAUCUCUUGCUGAGACAUAUUUACUGCAAGAUAAACCUGAUGUUUCAAAAGAUGCAACCAUUAAGGAAAAAAGAAGUGAUGAAGUUGUUCGUGAAAAAACUUAUGAAGAUGGUAAGAUUGUACUUGAUAUCAUUGAGGCUAUUCAUGCUGCCGAAAAGAAGCAGGCAGAUGUAGAUGCAUACAUGUAUUCAGAAGAGAGAAGAAAGUUGAAGGAGAAGUAUGAAAAGGAGCUGAAAGACACCAGGGCAAGGGAACUAAUGUAUGCAGAGGAGGCAGCAAUUCUCGAUAAGGAGCUAAAGAAAGAGAAACUGAAGAAUGCUGCUGCAAUAAAGGAACUGCAAGAAAAGGCUGAACAAAAAUUGCAGGAUGAGCUGCAGAGGAAGGAUGAAGAAACAAGCCAACAAAUUGAGAAGGCUCAAGAGAUAGCAAAAGCUGAACUGGCUGCCGCUGUUGCAAAAGAGAAAGCAUCCCAGAUUGAACAGAUCGCUGAAGCAAACCUCAAUAUUGAUGCGCUGUGUAUGGCAUUCUAUGCACGAUCUGAAGAAGCUAGGCAGAGUCAUUCAGUUCAUAAGCUUGCUCUGGGCACUCUUGCUUUGGAACACGCUUUAUCCAGUGGAUCACCAAUCCGGUCAGAAGUGGAGCUAUUGCGUAAAUCUGUUGAAGGCAUUGACAAAGAUUCACUGUUAGAAUUGGCUCUUUCGUCGCUCCCGGAAGAUGUUUUAGAUUAUGGAUCAGAUACACGGAUGGGGUUGAAGCAAAAGUUUAACUCCUUGAAGGAAACUAUCAGACAUUUCAGCCUUCUACCAGCAGGUGGUGGUGGAAUCCUGGCACAUGCUGUUGCUCGUGUUGCUUCUUCAAUCAAGAUUAAAGGCGAUAACUCUGGAGAUGGCAUUGAGUCUCUUAUAAACAAAGUAGAAAGCUUGAUUGUGGAUGGAGACUUGAGUACAGCGGUUGAUGCCUUGGAGCAAGGAUUACAUGGAACUGAAGCAGAGGAGAUAGCUACCGAGUGGGUGAAGCAAGCCAGGAAACGCGCCAUUGCGGAGCAGACACUUGCGCUCCUUCACGCUUGUACUUCUUCGACCACGUUCUCAUGA